CACGAAGCAAGAUUCGAUGAGCAAUGGAGGCUACGAAAGAUACACCCGACAAUAACCCUCUUGUCGAAAGCAGCUUUUCGGUAGAUGAUGCAUCCCCAAAGCCUGUCCCAAAUAGCGGUUUGCUUGCUUGGCUGCAAGUAGCGGGCUCGUUUUGCCUUUACUUUUCUACAUGGGCAAGCUUUGGAAGCUUUCAAACCAUCUAUGAGCGUGAUCAACUUUCGAAUCAUACGCCAUUUCAGAUAUCAGUCAUUGGUUCUCUGCAGACCUUUUUGAUGGUAUUCUCAGGCUUCAUUGUUGGUCCCAUCUACGACUCCGGUUACUUUCGACACCUGCUUGCUGUCGGCUCUGGCUUCAUCGUCAUAGGUACCAUCUUACAAAGCCUGAGCCAUAAGUACUGGCAGUAUCUUCUCACUCAAGGGCUUAUGAUUGGUAUUGGUGCUGGUUGUCUAUCUAUCUUGAGUGUUGCUAUUACUUCAUUAUGGUUCACUACGAAAUUGCCUUUGGUCAAUGGGCUUGCGGCUUGCGGUAGUGGACUCGGCGGUGUUCUCCUCCCCAUUAUGAUUCGGGAGCUCAAUGCUCAGACAAGCUUGCCAUGGGCAACGCGAGCUAUGGCUCUGUUACUGUUAGUUCUUCUCGUGUUCUCAAACCUUGUGCUUCGACCCGGGCCGAACUCGAGCGGACCAUCUCAACGAAGGCAACUUCUCGACAAGACAGCUUUCACAGACUGGCCCUACGUUCUCUUCGUGGCUGGUUGUUUCUCUGUUUUCUUGGGAAUGUACACACCAUUCGUCUACGUACAAAGCUACGCUCUGGACAACAAAAUUGCAUCAUCCGAUCUUGCUGGGAAUCUGUUGGCUAUUCUCAACAGCAGUUCAAUCUUUGGACGCAUCCUACCCGCCUUUCUCGCUCAGAGUCUCGGACCUAUGAACACUAUUAUCAGUGCAGCAGUCUUACUUGCCACUACAAGCUUGUGUCUCAUCUCAGCAACCACGACUCCACGACUGCUCGUUGCAGUUAUCAGCCAGGGCUUUUUCACGGGGUCCUUCUUCGCGCUGCAGCCCACCAUCUUUGUCAGACUGACUAGUGAUCCUCGAAGAAUCGGGACAAGAUUUGGCAUGGCUUUCUCGGUUAUGUCUGUUGCGCUGCUCUUUGGGCCGCCUGUUGGAGGGGCUUUACGGAGGAGUUUGGGGUAUACGGCUGCUUGGGUCUGGGCUGGGCUGACUGUUUUCUUCGGAGGCAUGUUGAUCCUGUGCAGUAGAUUGCUCAAGGAUAAGAAGACUUUGAUAGUUUGA